GAGCGCUAAUUUAAUAAGAAACUAUUUUUCCCUUCUUUAUUUUUUUCUUUCUUUCUCUUUUUUUUUUCAUCUUCUUUUUCUUUACUUUUUUGUUUGCUUUGCUAAAAAGUUAAAACGCGUGUAUUUAUAUAUAUCUUCUUUUUUUAUAAAGAAAAAACAUUACAGGUUUUAUUUAAAAUUAAAUGAAUAACCGAUAUCCGUUACUUGGACAAGAAGAACCCGAUUACUAUAUGCUCCAACCCACCACUUCUUCACCCACAUCUUCUUCUUCGUCUCCUAUUGUCACUACUAUGGAAACGGCUCCCAUGGUUACCACGGGUAUGCAAAUCAACAGUCUAGCACCAAUGCAUUGGCAACCGAUCGCAUUCCCCUUUGAUCAGCAACAACACAUGGCAUGGGCUAACACACAUCCUCAACAGCAUCAACACAAUUAUUUCCAGCACCAUCAUCCUCAGCAGCAAUUGCAACACAAUCAGCUUUAUCAGCAACAAUUGCAGCAGCAGCAACAAUUCCAGCAGCAGCAGCAGCAGCAGCAGCAGCUACAACUACAACAACAGCAACAACAGCAACAGCAACAGCAACAGCAUCAUCAAGAUCUAUGGACUUCUCAAUUAAAUAUGCAAGAACAGGAUUAUUACCAUCAUGAACCAUAUCCAUUAUUCCCACAAGAGCAAGUACAUUAUUUCCCACCUCCCACCGCUAUCCCACCUCUCCCACCUCUCCCUACAACUGCUGUUCCAGACACACAUAUACCAGCAUCAUUAGCAGCUAGAGAGACACAAGUGGAUAUGGCGAAUCAAACCAAGAGUUCACCGAAUGUGACACCUAUUCCAUCACCUACGACCUCAUCGAGCAAGAGAAAGAGGGACAAGGGAGGAGGAGAGGGAACGAAUAAACGUAGUAAGGGAAAUGCAAACGAAACGGCCGAAGAAGACGCAGAAGGAGGAGGAGGAGUGGAUACUAGGUUGAAAGGAAAUUUAAAGGCUGUCGAUCACUUGGAGAGAGAAUUAUCGUACUUAGGAGGUGAUAUUGCCACGAUAUUGAUCUUGCUGGAUUCACUACGAAAUGCAUUUUUAGCAGAUAUAGCCCCAAGUACAGGUACAAGUUCAGAACGACGAGCACCUACAUUACCUUCAAUUAGUUCUUUUGAUUCGAGGCUAAGUCCGAGUCAAUUAGAAGAAGUGGAGGAGGAAGAGAGAAGAAGGCCAACGAUAGUACAGGAUAAUACACGUAGACCGUCACGUAUGAUUGCACAGAACCCAGAGAUGGAACGAGAGAUGAGAACAGCGUAUGAUGAAUUGUGGCAUCAAACGCGACAGUUAGAAAAGAAGGUAGAAUCGUUGGAAGUGAAGAGUAAAUAUGCCAAUAUUUUAGAUAUGAAAAAGCAAGAAGAAUGUAAUUCACCUACCAACAGUGAUGCCUUAUCGUCUUCUGUCUUGUCAGAAGAAGAAUUUGAUGACGAUUACUUAUCCAAGUAGUGAUCUAUUUAGACCUUUUGUAUGCCCCCUCCUCCUUCUUUUUUUUUUCUUUCUUUUUUCUUUUUUUUUUACUACUACCCCCCCCCCUUUUUAUUAUGACUUUUUUUUUUUUUAUUAUUAUUAUUUGGGGUUUUUCUCCCUAUAUGUUUAUAUAUGCUCGUGCGACAUUUUUUUUUUUUUUAAAAGAUCC